AAUUAAAGUGUCUGUCAAUUGAGAAUAUUCUUUAUAUUUGUUGGCAUUUAUAUCAUAAAAAUUCCUGACACUUACUGACUGCUCACACAAUAGACGGCUUCUCAUAUCUAUCAGCACUACUAUUAGCAAUCAUAUAUACCAUUCUUUUUAUAUAAAUAAAAGAAGACUCUCGAGUGUGGGAAAUAAAAAUAGAUAACGGAGUGAGACCUAACUGUCCACUACAACGAUCAUUACAACUACCGGUGUUGCUGUUGUGCCACUACUGCUAUUAUCACUAUCAAUACACUACUACUGGUACUUGAAGAGCACAGUUAGAUAUGAAUGGUCUAACAUUCAUGCAGUUAUGUCACGCGAUAUCAUCGACACUGUUUUUACACUCAUUUCUCAUGAGUGCCGACUCCUCAUCAGUAAAACACUCGUCGCCUUUAAUACCAAUUAGUUUUACGGCUAAUGACUAUAAAAAUAAUAAUAAUUGGACUCAACAUCAUAUCAUUACCAGUGAUGACCAGUGGCUUAACUCAUCGAUAUGUCCACAAAAAUGUAAAUGUGCUUAUAUUGCAUCACAUUAUUCGAUUGAAGAGUUGCGUACAAUUGAAUGCAAUGGCGUAUUGUUACCGAAGUCCAUAUCUACAGAAACGGAAUCACUUCAUGUGAUUAACAAUUCAAUGGAUUCGCUACCCAUUGACUCAUUUAUAUCACUACAUGAGCUACAAGUACUAAAUCUUAGUUACAAUGGGCUCAACCAUAUAGGAAGAGGUCAUGUAUUCAACAACCUGUCCCAUCUGAAAGUAUUGGAUUUGUCGCACAAUAAUCUCAGACAUUUGUUUGCCGGCUUAUUUCGAGGUCUCCGUCGACUACAAGUGCUUAUCAUUAAUGAUUGUGGGCUCAGGUAUUUGGAUGAACACACGUUUGAUGGAUUGGAGAUGUUAUCGGAUUUGAGUUUAUCAUAUAAUCAGAUUUCAUCCGUUUAUUUGGAACUCUUUCAAAGUAUUUCUAACCUUAAGACCUUAAAUUUAGAUCACAACUAUAUAUUACACUUAACGGGAGGAAUAUUCACAACAAUGUCUACAUUACAAACAUUGCGAUUAUCUCAUAAUAGGAUACUAACCAUCAAUGACAAUGCUUUUGUUGGUCUGGAUAUGCUUCAAGAGUUGUAUUUAGAUAAUAAUAGUUUAGUACGGGUGCCCAACAUAGCACUCCAGUCUCUAAAACGUAUUAUAAAUAUACAUAUGGACAGUAAUCCAUUGAUACAACUAUCCACCGGUGACUUUGUUCAUUUAUCGGCCCAAUACAUAACACUUACCAAUUGUUCGCACCUUCAGCUCAUAGACAGGGGUGCUUUCUGGGAUCUGCCCUAUCUAUAUAUACUGGAGCUCCAGAAUAAUACUAAGUUGGCGUUUAUAGAUCCACACGCUUUCGUUAGUCUACCGCUAUUACAUACAAUCAAAUUGGAUAACUGUGGUCUAAAAAGCAUCCAAAAUGAUAUUAUUAGCAAUAUAUUAGGCAGUAGUGAAUACUCAGGCGAUUUCAAUAAUGUUGGUAUAUCUAACAGUCCCAACAAACACGUUAAGGAGCAUCACUUAAAUAAACAUAUAAUUAGCGCCAGUUUAAUGGGAAACCCGUUUCUUUGUGAUUGUAAUAUACAUUACUUAUAUAAGUGUCUUAUCGAUCAACAAAAUUGUUCCCUAAAAGUAACAGAACCUCAAAGGAUAACCUGUUGGGAACCACAGGAGAUGAACAAUACACAGAUAAUACAACUUAAUAUCAGUGUCAUACCUGUCCAAUGUAGCCCUCGUUUAGUGUCAACUACGACAACCAAUGUGACAAUACAUAAAAAGAUAGGCGACAAACAACAGUUCCAAUGCCGAGCACUGGGCUUACCGGUGCCCAAAGUACAUUGGAUUUUGCCAAACGGUGAUGUUGUCAACGACACAUCUAAUAUUAUACACUAUCAACUAAACAAACAAACAGGAAGUCUGCGUAUGUAUCACUUGAAGCCCAGGGAUUCCGGUGUCUACCAGUGCGUCGCCGAAAACAAUUUGGGAUCAGUGAUGGCAAAGAUGCGUCUUAUCAUAGAUCACAUUGAUCUUCAUUUAUAUCCUUUGACUGUUUCAUCAAAUUAUGUCACUUUAGUAUGGAACGGUACGGGCCGUAACUCAUUCAAUGAAUAUCAGAUUAUCUAUAAAGUCAUUGAUAACAAUUCAAGCAAUGAUUCGACAAACAGUACGGAUCCUCCAUUGGACAACCAGUUGGCUGGCAAUUGGCAUUCAAACUACGAGUCCGUUACAGUCAACCAUUUGCUUCGUUCCUAUAGUUUAACACAUCUAAAACCCAAUACUCAAUACUGGAUCUGUUUGACGGUCAGAGAUGCCGACGCACAUAAUGGUUACGUACAGCUUUCGUGUACAACAGUGGUCACUAAAAUGGCGGUCAAUAGCACUGCCAAAGCUGUGGCUGAAGAGUCGGGAAGCUUUGCAUUGGCCUUAUGUCUUAGUGCUGCCAUUAUUGCAGUAUUUCUCUCAUACUUUCUAUUUGUUGGUCUCAAGAAAUAUCGCAUUCAUCGACAGUAUGAAACACCGGCACCCAAACAGUCGAUGGUUGGAACAGUUGGCGGUUAUCCCGGUCUACAAAAUGAAACUAAUUUGCCACACAUUCCCCUCGAAAAUAUUAAAACUUAG